GGGAGGCAGUUUUCCGCACAAUAAUUUGUACUUAAACGGUUUGGUCUCGAAGAUUAUUGUCCAAUGCAGAAUGGCUAAUGUAGAAGUCCCAUCCACUUCAGAGUACAUUAUUAUUGCCUUUGUGAACGCCCUUUCAGCAUUUACGACGAUCGCUUUCAACAGUUUGACAAUCCAAGCCAUAAGGAAAAAUUCUUCUUUAUCAAAACCUUUGAAAACAUUGCUGCUGAGUCUUGCUAUUUCUGAUGUCGCUGUUGGUUUAGUUGUUCAGCCAAUAUUCAUUGUAAACUUGAAUAUUUGGAAGGAAACGGUAGACACAGUAUUCUGGUUCGUCCAAGCUGCAUUCGUUAACGCUUCAUUCCUCGGUGUUAUGGCUCUGAAUCUGGACAGAUUCCUGGCGGUUCAUCUUCAUCUCAGAUAUCAGGAACUUGUGACUAACAAGCGCGUUCUUGGUGUGGCAAUUUUAGCAUGGGUGGUCAGUGCUCUUAUUACAUUCUUUUGCUUUCUGAUCGCGAAAAUUACAAAUAAACAUAAAAACAUCCAAAUCAUCGUUUGGAGUCUUUGCUUCAUUGUCAUAACAGUUAUAAGCUUCAGACUUUAUUUUGCAGUAAGACGCCAUGCAAACCACAUUAAAGCUUUACAGGUACAACAAGCAGCACAGAAUGGUGAAUUAGCAAAAGCCACGAGGCUAAACAAAUCCGCAGUCAGCACAUUUUAUGUAUAUCUUGUGUUUUUAGUUUGUUAUCUGCCAUAUCAUGCUAGUCUUCUUAUCAUGGCAAUGUCUAAUGACCGUCCAACUUGGCAAAGAUGGUCUCAAACACUAAUGUUCAUUAACUCAUGGCUGAAUCCUAUCAUUUAUCUCUGGAGAAUGAAGGAUAUUCGACAAUCUAUCAGGAGCAUACUAAUGCGAAAUAUUUUUUGUGAGACUUAAAUGGCAAUUAUCGAAACAGAACAUUGUGGUAUUCAUUACUUCAGUCCAUCCAAACGUGCAUUAGAUAUUCUUUAUAACCUAUUUCUCCCGGUUUUUUUUCCUUUUCUUUCAGUUUUCCGCGAUUCUACUUCAUUGAAAGUUGCUAGUUUGUGUAGAAAAUUGUCAAGAUUGCAGAAUUACGAUUGUCAAGAUUUCCAAAAACUACAAUUUUCAUAUUUUAUAUGAUUACCAAUGCACUAAGAGGGCAUUGCGAAAAGAUGAGACUGAAAACAGUCGAACAUGUUGAUACACAAGCUCGACUCUAGAUCUCCAGUGGAUAAAUACCGGUCCAUAAAACAGCUAAAACUCUCUGUUCAUACCACUGCGUUGAGGACUAAGCACGAACAAAGGAGUCACUGAGCAAAAAUUCUCAUCUCCUGUUCGUUUUUAUUCUGGCAAUACAAGCUGUUGUAAAAAAAAAAAAAGCGAGUUACAACUUGACUGACUUGAUAUUUCAAAAUCUAGUACAAAACUAAAGCUGGAAAAUUAGAUCUUAUUCUAUGGUCUUCUGGUGUGAUAGGUAAGGGUUAAGAUUAGGUUGAAGAAGCUCGAAGAGGAACUGUAUAAAGUGAAGCUCAAUAAAGAACCGCAUAAACGAA